UAAAUAGAGUAAAGUAGCGAAUAUAUAAAGAGACGCCGGCCACAUAGUCAAGUUACACAGAAGAUUACCAUUACAUUGUCAGUAACAUGAGUUCGAAUAAUGCUAUUGUUUUAAAGAAAUAUAUUGAUCCUACUGAAGGAUACCCUAAAAUUGGGGAACACUUUGGUUUGGAAGAACGCCCAUUUAACUUGGAAGCUACUAAGGUUGAUGAAGAGCAUCCUUUGCUUUUGAGAAACAUUUACACUUCUAUUGACCCUUAUAUUCGUAUUCGCAUGCAAAAUCCAAAAUAUAAGAGUUAUCUACCAUCUUUGGGAAUAAAUCAAGUGAUUCCAAACUUGACACUUGCUGAGGUGGUCAAGUCAGCAGUCCCUGAACACAAAACAGGCUCUCAUGUCAUUUUCAUGAGCGGCUGGGAAGAAUACACAUUGGUGCCCAAACAGGCUAUGGGCAUGGUCCAGUCUGUGAACAACCCCUACAACUUACCUUUGAUGACCUUUGUUGGUGCUUUAGGAAUGCCCAGCCAAACCGCAUACAUUGGACUCAAGCAUAUUGGACAACCCAAGGCCGGUGAGACGAUCUACGUCUCUGCCGCCUCUGGUGCUGUUGGUCAGGUUGUAGGUCAAUUGGCAAAAGCCAUGGGCUUGUACGUUGUAGGAAGUGCUGGAUCGGACGAGAAGAUUGCUCAUUUGAAGGAGAUUGGAUAUGAUGCAGUCUUUAACUAUAAAAAGGAAAGUGUUCAUGAAGCUCUUCCUCGUGUCUGUCCUAAGGGCAUCGACAUCUACUUUGAAAAUGUUGGAGGUGAAACAUUGGACGCCGUUCUUUUGAAUGCAAACUUCCACGCUCGCAUUAUCUUUUGCGGUUGUAUCAGUCAAUACAACAAUCCCAAUCCUUAUGGUUUGAAGAAUUACUCUCAAAUCCUCACCAAGAGUAUUAAGGUGGAAGGCUUCAUUGUCAUGAAUUUGAUGCCUCUCUACCAAGAGGAAUACUUCCGUGAAAUGCCCAAGUUAAUUGCGGAAGGAAAGCUCAAAUACAAGUAUGAUGUUUACAUGGGUUUAGGCUCUAUUCCUGAAGGUUUCCUUGCUGUUCUUCAAGGCAAUAACUUUGGCAAAGCACUUUCCAAGAUUGCGGAUGAGUAAACUCUCAAUCGGCCGUCUUGCGUUUUACUUUUUACUAUCUUUUACGAGGUAUUGCAUUUCAGUGAAUUAUAGGAAGUUUCCAUAAAGUAAACAAUGAAGGUUUUAUUAGUAUAGUGUCAUUCACUGCCUUUGUAUUUUCAUCAUAUAAAAUUUAUGACUACAAAUUUAUACGAUUUAGAAUAUAUAAAUUUCUUUUAUUUUUUUUUUAUGAGAUUAAAUAAAUAAAAUACUAUUAAAGUCGUGAAGUGCAGGUUUUCGCCGUAUUGUUCACAUGAUGAAAAGAAUAGCCACCUUACUGCAUAUUCACAUCACUUUGA